CUCCUGUUCUGAAAGCCAAUCGACUCUUCACUUCCUCAUCCGUGUUGUGACUUGCAUUGCUUUCCACCCCACAGACCACUCUGGUCCGGCUCCUAAAUCCCCGACAUUCCUCUCGUCAAUCUGCACCAUGUCGUCGAGUCAAGUCAGCGGAACCUUUCGAGGAACACCAAAUCGCCGUAACCAAGUCCCUUUCACUGAUUCUCCCUCUGGUAUCCCUCGUCCAAAGCUGGAGACGGCUGCGAGUCAAGUUCAGAGCGAAAUGUCUGGCGCAUCUACCUUAUCUGCCAGUCGGCAGAAACAAAGUAAACGUGAUGAGGUACGUCUCCCACUGUCAGUCUAUCUCGUCAUCACAGCGCCUGACAUGCUCUGUUCAGGCCAUUCGACGCAAAAUGGAAGCAGACCUUAGCAAGAAGAAGCAUGUCCCAUCCCGCGCUCGCCAUACCCGCAAAGCACCUCCUGGCACUGUCCUUGCCCUGAAACCUAGUCAAGCCUUGCAGAUUAAACCCAAUACGACUGUGGCCGAGGCCGCUCAAUUGAUGGCAGCGAAGAGGGAAGACUGUGUCCUUGUCACAGAUGACGAUGAUAGAAUUGCAGGCAUUUUCACUGCGAAGGACCUGGCAUUCCGUGUCGUUGGGGCCGGAAUCAAGGCUAGCCAAGUCACCAUCGAACAGAUCAUGACAAAGAAUCCAUUGUGCGCUCGGACCGACACAAGUGCUACGGAUGCAUUGGACUUGAUGGUCCGAAAAGGCUUCAGACAUCUACCCGUCAUGGAUGAGAACCAAGAUAUUUCUGGCAUCCUGGAUAUUACAAAAUGCUUCUACGAAGCAAUGGAGAAGCUGGAGCGCGCAUACAGUUCCUCGCGGAAGUUGUACGAUGCAUUGGAAGGCGUCCAAUCCGAACUGGGUUCUAGCCAGCCCCAACAAAUCAUUCAAUACGUCGAGGCUCUCAGGAUGAAGAUGUCAGGCCCCACGUUGGAGUCAGUUCUGAAUGGCCUUCCCCCAACCACUGUGUCAGUCAGAACAUCGGUGAAAGAGGCAGCCCAGCUGAUGAAGGAGAACCACACAACUGCAGUUCUAGUCCAAGAUCAGGGCUCUAUCACUGGCAUUUUCACCAGCAAGGAUGUCGUCCUCCGCGUGAUUGCCCCCGGACUUGAUCCUUCGAACUGCAGUGUCGUCCGAGUCAUGACUCCUCAUCCCGAUUUCGCUCCUUCGGACAUGAGCAUUCAAGCCGCACUGCGAAAGAUGCAUGAUGGCCACUAUCUAAACUUGCCUGUGAUGAACGAGACUGGCGAAAUUGUUGGAAUGGUCGAUGUCCUCAAGUUGACCUAUGCGACCCUAGAACAAAUCAACACCAUGAACACUGGGGAGUCUGAAGGCCCGGCUUGGAAUAAGUUCUGGUUAUCCAUGGACAACGACACCGAAUCCGUUAUGUCCGGAGAGGGUAGCCUUCGUCCAACCACCCCUGGGCAUAGAUCUGUUUUGGACACCGAGUCUGUACGGCCCAGCGUCGACAGGGGUGACAGUGUCAUGCCCCAUGAUUCAGCCUCUCAUCGCGGUGAUGAUGCUCACUCUGAGGUUCUUCCCUCGAUUGAACCGCCCGAACAGACGCCGUUCCCAUUCAAAUUCAAGGCACCAAGCGGCCGGGUGCACAGAAUUCAAGUGAUUGCCAACAAUGGAAUUCAAGAGCUCGUUAACAACGUCAGCGCAAAACUUGGCGCUGAGAUUGAAGCCGUCGGGGGCGAGGUUGUCGUCGAAAAUGGUAAACUGGGUAAGGCUGGAUAUGCUCUCAGCUACAUGGAUGAUGAAGGCGACACAGUUUCAAUCACGACCGAUCAGGAUCUUUUAGAUGCAAUCCUUCUCGCUCGUCAGGGCAAGCGAGAAAAGGUCGACCUCUUCGUACAUGAUCCAGCUCAACCACCAAUCGCCGCUACCGUUGAUCCAAGACCACAAUUGUCGAAACCUCCCACCCCUCCAGAAUCUGUGGCUAAGGAGCCUCACGCAACCUCCCUGCCCGACAGCGACGAGGAUGAAGAGGAGGAGACAUCCCGUGUCAGAACCAUCAGAUCAAAGAAGCAACAAGCUUUUGCAACAAGACAUGGACACCAGCAGGAGCAAAUCAUUCAAGGGGUUCCCAAUGAUCUUCUCCUCCCCGGAGCCAUAGUCACUCUUGCCGUUGUGAUCGUUGGCGUCUUCGCCAUUGGUCGCGCCAGCUCAAAGUGACCCGGCCGGAUACUCACGGUUGUUGCUUUAAUAUUGCUUGCGACUUGCUUAUCAUUAUGACCUCACUACUCCUUGAUCUUAAUCGUGCCCUAUGGAAGGGCUACGGAUCAUGGACGCGGGAGAUUGCUGUACCUUGGCAUGAAUUACGGAUAUGAAGAUUUCCAUGUCCUUCCAGGCAGAAUUGAACGAAGAAUCUUGACUCACUCGCUUUCAUCUUAUGACGAAUUAUUGUCCUGUCCAUCCUUGGUGUGUCACUGGUCUGUAUAUAGGCAUGAUCAAUACAUGCGUCGGUCCCUGUGUGAGCGAACACCUUUGGAUCAGAGAACCUAUUCCCUUGCUCUUGGGCUUCGUGGGAACUCUGAAUGGGGUACAGCCCCGUAUCGCACAUAUUUUCAUAUACAGGCAUAUUUCGAAUUGAAGCCAAACCAGAUGGCCUAACUACCUAUCUACAUCAAAC